AUGUCUAAGGUGACCCCCGCCACCGUCCCCCACUUUGUCCUGCCCUCCCUCCCCUAUGUGUGCAGUUUCGGUGUGCUCAUGCUUGUUGUGCUCACGGGUCGCAGCCCCCACACGACCGAGGGUGAAAAGGAUGGCCACAUUUUGCAAUGGGCAGAGAAUUGCAUUUCCUCUAAGAAAACGACCCCCGUGAAGGACCUGACUCAUCUGAGCAUGGACGCCCCGGAUGAUGCUGUGCUGCGCCUGGCCCAGCUGGCUCUGCGCUGCACUGUGCAGCGCACUGCAAGCCGGCCCAGCAUGGCAGACAUUGCCAACGAGCUGCAGGGAAUCAGGCACGAGGUGGUGGGGAAGGAGGAGCUCAGUGCAGCGAUCAAGGUGGAUGCGCAAGCAGAGGAGAUGCGGAUUGGGAUGUCGCUGAGGAAAAGCUUGGGUGCAGAGCUGGAAGCCAUUGUGAGCAUGGAGGAGGAGGAAGAGUCUAACGGGGAGCAAGCAGGCACGUCUAUCCAGUGA